CAAGGUCAUAAGUAUCAUUAUGUCAGUAUUUGUGCUUGGUUGGGUGCAUUCUGGUCCAUCUUUUAUGGUAUUCAAAGUGCAGAGCCUCCAUCCCAGACUUAUGAGCAGCCACGUGGGACCCCUUCAGCCAAAAACCUCCCUCCGGGUUUCUCAGAUGUCACGAUGGUGGUCGUAAAUCACCAACAGCUUCUCAUUUCUUCUGUCUCCAGACUGUGCAGCUUUCACGAGGUGACAGUUUGGAAUAAUUCUGUCCCCUGCCCGGGUGAGGAGGGGGGUGACAGAGCAGCUUUGGUGGCAUCAACCAGGGCCAACCCAUGACAUCUCCCUUGGUUGGGAACCUUUAAAUAUUUUUAAGCAAGCAAGGUGCAAAACAAAUGCCUUUGUUCCUUGGAUGAAUCACACCAGGAUCUGCUGGAGAACAGCCAGUACUGCCUGAUUUGUAAAAGUAUAAAACAUUCCCCCGUGGCUUUGCAAGGGAACAGGCCAGAGAGCUGUAAAGUCAAAACCACGCCUCUGUGGUUGACUCUCCUCCCCAACUCAGUGGCUUAAGUGACUCAACACCAUGAAAUAUCCCACACACUGAGAGCUGCCCUGUGAGGCCGCCGAGUGCAUCCACCCCACAGAGCCCAGGGAAUGUCAGCCCCGGGCCCUGAGGCUUCUCUGCAAGGAUGGGGAAAGGAACUCAAAGGCCAAAUUCUUCAAGCCAGGAGGAAGCCCUGAACACCUGCAGUGAUCCAGAGGAACAGUCCAAAUGGGGGUCCUACAGAACCAAAUCAGACCGGAGAACAUCCCCCAAGGUGCGUGUUCUCCUCACUCUGAGUGUGUUCCUGGGGAGCCUCAGUUUCAGCCUGGUUAUGGCACUGACUGUUCUCAGUGUCAGACCCCGGUUCUCUGAGCUGGAAUUCUCCCACGUGUGCCCAGACACCUGGCCUGGUUUCCAAGGAAAAUGUUAUCAUUUUUCUGAGGCUGAGGGCAACUGGACCACGGGCCGGGAAAGGUGUGAGGCCCUGGGAGCUUCCCUGGCCACCAUAAGCACGAGGGAGGAACUGGCCUUCCUUCUGCGCUAUAAAGAUGAAGCAAACCACUGGAUCGGGCUGGGAAUGAGGGAUAAUGGCUGGGAGUGGAUCAAUGGCAUGGCCUUGAACAACAGGUUUGAGGUGAGCGGUGGGGUGCCCUGUGGGUACCUGAACCAGGGCAGGAUCAGCUCAUCCCUGUGCCACACGGAGAAGAACUGGAUCUGCAGCCGCCCUGACAACUUCGUCCUGUGGGAGGGGAAAUAAAGAGACACCAAACCAAGACUCU